ACUUCCGCUGACUUCCAGCACCGAGUUACGGCGCCUCCGGCCAAACACGAUCGCGCUUGAACGACAAACACAGCGAAAAGCGGGUACAUUAGAUAAGCAAACGGGGCCGCAUUUUUAGACGCGCAAACUGGGGUCGCCCGCUAUGUAUCACGUUACGCGGUGGGCUUGCAGCGAGCUUAGAGGUCACCCGUAAACAGAAAUGCAAAACAAACCGUUCUGGUGACCGUGAGGAGGGAGGUCUUGCUUGGGGUUUCAAAGAAUCUGGCCAGCUCUCCCCACUGCCGAGCGCUUUGUUUACAGAGCUGCUGGCAAAGUCACGGUCACGGCCAUGAGCCCACGGUGGGUCCAGCUCACUCUGGAGGAGCGUACGGGAAAGCUAUAUAAAACCGGGUGGCGCCAACAGGUGCCUGGUUUAAUUAGCGCACGAUCGAGCGCCAGCUUGAUCCAGUGAACUUUCGGGGUGUGAAGGGUGAUGAGCAUAAUGUGCACGAUAGUGUCCGUCGUUUUGGCCAGCACACUUCUGCUGGCAUCGAUCGCUUUCAUAAGCGCAAGCAGUACGGCGGACGGUGGGCAGCACCAACCCGGGGACCAGCAGCUGGCAAACCAUGACCCGAACGAACAGGGCGACAUUUGGGAGCUCAUAUCGGCCGCAUCCUUUCCACCGCAGAGCUCGGCCGACCGGAUGCGACGCUACGAUCGCUACCGGGGCAGGGCGCACUCGCACCGGGAAGAGGACGAUCCGCUGCAGGCCGAAAACAGCCACGUGGUGGUGCAGGUUUACUCGGUCGAUUCGGACGAGCAGCAGCUGGGGAACGAAUCGUCACCAGCGUCGAUCGGCACACCGAUCCGCUCACUGAAGGUGGAGAACUACGCGACGCCCAAGGAGCAGAUGGACGGCAAACCGACCGAUCGGGUCGAGCGGAAGGUCUUUCCACCGGUGCGCAACGUGCAGGAAAAGCUGGACAAGGUGAUCUCCUCCGUCGAGCAGCCGGAACAGCCGGAGGAACUGCUCUCGGAACGGUUCUUUAUCGACGAUGCCGCUACGAAGCAACAGAAGGGACCGAACGGUGGACGGUAUGGCGGUGGCGGCAAUCCAUUUGAUGGUCAAACGGAUGUAGAGAGUUUCGAAAGGGAAAUGGAACAGAUGCCGCUGAAGCAGGGCAAAUCGGCGUACGCCAACUCGGCACCCUUUUUCGACUACGGCGACCACACGAGCCAGCGGAUGUUGGACGAGUUCUUUGCGCUGCGCAACCAGGACACGCUGGCGGCCCGCCGCUCCAACUACGACUGGGGCGAGGGACAGCUGCGGUCGCGCACGCUCGAGGACAUCGAAGCCCAGGGCCGUCGGGUGGCGGCCGGGAGAAGGAAACCGUCCGGAGACUACCAGCGCGAGGAGGACAUGAGCUACGAUCGCUACGCAGACUAUGCUGCCUCCCAACAGCGUGCCGGUACGCAGAAGCUGGGCCGCAAGCAACGGGCGACACCGUCAACGCACGGCCAAACGCACGUCCUCAACAAGGUGCCGAUCGUGGCGUUCGAUGGUGAUGGAUCACUCGCACCCAUGUCAGGCCAGCGCUCGCAGCAGUUCGAACGGUCCCGGUUCCACUACUCGCUCCCGUCGAUGGUGUACAACCCGUACGCCGCCUGGGAUCCGUACCAUCUGAACAUGUUGCGGUGGCCGCAGUGUGGCGCCUGCCAGCAGAACGCGCGCGCCCUCUGCACCAAGUGUGGGCUGUGUGCGGAUUGCUGUGCGCACAGCAAGUGCACCUGCGGCUGCCUGAAUGGCUAGUUUAGGAGUUGGUUCCGGUUUAGUUUUAGACUUCCGCCACACACUCACAUACACACACAAAAACAAACAGCAACAAACACAUCGAGGCACACUUUGAGACACGGGGAAAGCACAGCGUUUCGAUACGUUACCACUUUCGCCGGUACUUGAAGUUGUCCUCCAGCCAUUUCCAAAACAUUGGAGCACAAUUUGGAACAACGUGUUUUUUCUGCUUAACUUAUUACACUUAAUUUAAACACAAUCAUUUGGAAACGGAGCGUUGUUGUUGAUUGCACCGCGACGACGGGCCACAAACACUAUUUUGACAGACGAUAUGUUUUGGGGCAGGACGCGCACCAGCGACGGCUGCUUGGAUCAAGAAAAGUGCGGAGGGUUCCCUUUUUUCCCUUUUGCAACACAACACAACACCCCAAAAAGGAACACCUCAGCAAGCCGUUCAGUCGCAGACGUGCUGUGGGUGGAAGUGCGCGGCUUUGAUGCUGUAACUUAAUCCGCGGUGCAUUGUGCGUCGAUGCGCAAGACACAACACGCAGCAGUUUUGUAAUGUAGCGGGGGCGAUAUAACGUUACAUACGGCAACUGCUGAUGUUUAGGUUAAGCUUUCUUUUUAUUCUUUUUCUUUUUUUAAAUUCAUUUCACGUGUGUUUUAUUCCAUCGAAUGGCAUGUAAUGCGAUAUUCUUUUCCGUCCUGUUUGCCGUCGGUCCGCCUUGGUGCUAGGAAAGGCCGCAAAAUUGGGUCAGCGUGGCUGGACCACCAGUUGCAAUCAAAAUAAAUUAUACCGUACAUGCUAGCAA